AUGGAAAAGGCACUUGCACGCUACGGUGUCACUCAUCGUCUUUCCACCGCGUACCACCCGCAAACGAGUGGCCAAGUUGAGAAUGCUAACCGAGGGGUGAAGAGAAUCUUAGAGAAAACGGUAGGAAAAAGUAGAAAGGAUUGGUCGGAAAAGCUCGACGACGCUUUGUGGGCAUUCCGUACCGCCUAUAAGACACCGUUAGGCACAACACCCUUUAUGAUCGUGUAUGGCAAAGCUUGCCAUCUUCCGGUAGAGUUAGAGCAUAGGGCGUUGUGGGCAUUAAAAACCGUAAACCUUGACCUUACCGAAGCCGCUAGAAGGAGGUUCUUCCAAAUUCACGAGUUGGAAGCAUUGAGGGAUGCCGCCUAUGAAUGA